AUGAGCGUUCUAAUUCUCGUGCUCCUUUUUUGGGCUGCGUCUUUACAGGCACUCACAGCCUCCUACGUUCCACCUGAUAGGAUUCAGAGUCUGAAGAGAUUAAAAAAGUAUAUUGGGACGCUGAUUGACCCUGAAAUCCCCCCACUGGACCCUCAGACAAACAUGAUCGAUGUAGUAUUAAGACUUGGUCCGCUGCAGGUGCACGAUCUAGUUGAUUCUACCCAGGUCCUCACACUUGGAUCCUUUGUGGUUAUGAUUUGGAGAGACAAAGCUCUGGCUUGGAAUAUAUCCGACUAUUCCAACAUCAGCGAAAUAGAGAUACCCGCUAACAAGGUAUGGCAGCCAACUGUACACCUGUUGAACAAGGCUGUUGGUGAUGGCCCCUUAACGACAACAAUGCCCAUUCAUCUGAAGAGCGACGGCUCCCUAUUCUGGAAGAACACAAUGACAAUGUCAGUGAUAUGUAAGACCUAUCUCUCAAGAUAUCCAUUUGAUAGCCAGAUUUGUUCAAUGAAGUUUAUGCCAAUGAAUGAAUACGAUACCAUCCUGUAUCCGUAUGUGUACUUUUCUACUCAUGGUACAGAUAUAGAAGCCAAUGGAGAGUGGGAGACUGUCAACGUCACGUACUCAACAAUAAAUAUGACAGAUGUAAGUUCCAAAAGUGCCAUAUUCCACAUUCACCUGUCUAGAAAGUACAUGUUCCACGUCUUGAAUCUGGUUUUCCCAAUGUGUCUACUGUCGUUCCUGAACGGAUUCGUGUUCCUGUUGCCAGCGAGUUCUGGGGAGAAGAUGGGCUUCCUCAUGGCCGUGUUUGUGUCGAAUGCAUUGUUCCUGAGUUUGAUCCACGACAACAUGCCUUCGUCGUCCGAUACUAUUCCUAAUCUCACAGUCUAUCUUGUUUCUGUUCAAAUCCAAGGUUUUCUCGCAAUCGCAGCUACUAUCUUAGUACAGAACGUGUACCACCGCCGGACCAAGAACGAGGAGAGCCGUGCAAAGAAAACCCAGGUUGUACCUCUGGAUGGUGUCAAGGAUGUGGUUAUCAGGCCUAUCGAUGAUGACACGUCUGAAACGAAAACGGAUCGUCAAAUUGGGAAGAAAAGCGACUGGUUAAAGAACAGAACAAUUCCUCUGGACAGAAUUCUCGAUGGGGUUUUCUUUGUGUGUUUCACUAUUUUCGCCCUUACAGGAUUGAUGUUUCUCUAUUUUAUAUAG